CGUAGCCUUUCUAACCAUGCCUAAGGUCUAAAAGCCCCGUGCCCUACGUUCUUAAACUUCGACUAAGCAGAAGCGUUCCUGGGCCGCCCGCGUAGAGUAAGAGGGCCUUAAAAUGGAGUUCCGCUGUAAGCGUUGUGAAGAGAAGAAGUUACGUUAUUUUGUGGAGACAACGUCGGGUCGUUGCGCUAGUUGUAUUUCCGUUGGUGCUAAGUGCAGUCUUUUUGUUUCUGAGGAAGAGUGGGAGAAAGUUCGAGAGGAACGUGAAGAACGAGAACUGGCUGUGGCUCAUCUUAAGGCACAGCUUUCUUAAUAGAAGCUAGAGCUUCUAGAAGUAAAGAAGCGUGAACGAACUUUCGCGCGUCGCG